GCCGGCGAAGAGGAGAGGAUGAUGGACUUCAGGGAAGGGAGAGCUAGCGUACGCUCCCGGCGAAAAGGGGGUGUUGCCUCAUCAGUAUCGUAGAGAACACGUUCCGCGACACCAGCAGUUCCUCGACGGCUAUAUCCCUGAAACCCUCCCCCCUGGAUAAUCUGUUCGUCUCGCCAGAGUCGUACGCACCACCGCGAUCCGUGCGAACCACGAUCGAUACCAUCCAGAAGCGAGAAGCAUUGAAAUCUCCGAGAGUGCGGCCAAAAUGUCCCCCAGAACCGAGUGGAUGCUGGUGAUCUUCGGCCUGGUCGUUUUCGCACAGUCAGGUUCCGCUUUAAAAUGCUGGGUCUGCGCUUCGAACGCGAGUCCGCUAUGCGGUGACCCGAUGAACAUCACCGAACAUCAGACGACUUUCCAUACGAAAGUCUGCGAGAGCGGCAUUUACGAUGCAUCGAAACCGAUCUGCCGGAAAAUCGUGAAAAGAGAAAAUGGCGACCGAGUCGUGAUACGUCAGUGCUCGACACCGAACGUCGACGAAGCGAGCAUCACCGACGGUCCUUGCAGCUCGAUGGCGAUUGCCGGUACGAACGUGAUCGAAUCAUGUCACAUCUGCAGCACCGAUCUCUGCAACUCUGCGCCGAGCGCAUCGAUCCUCCAUUCCCUCUAUAUCGUCGCGCUGGCCUUCGUCGGCUACCACUUCUUCCAAACGAAAUACAACGUGGUUUAACGUCGCGCGAUUGUUAUGGUACAAAUAACAAUAGAACAAAACGAAACCGAACAGAAUACAUCGUUCAUCGCCAAUUAGGGGAAACAAAUGCCACUUAGGGUAAGUCUGAAUUCGAUCAGCGUCGCGCGCGAAGCUGAGACCGCCUGUGUCGCGUUCUCUCUCCAUCGUUUCUUCUUGCCAGUUUUCGUCGUAGGUUACUUGUCGUAUUAUUAAAAGUGGUUUGUACACUGUCGCGACGAACUUGUUAGGCGUUUUUAUAGUUAGACACCUCGUUAGUCGACGUAGCACCGCGCUAACACACGCUAAACGCUUCAUUUGAAUUUCUCGUUCGCGCAGCGAUCUAUAUUUACGUCAAAAAAAAAGAAAGAAAAAGAAAAAAAAGAAAAAAAAGAAACGAAACGUAAAGGAACGAGGCGAUUAUUUUUUUGUACCAUAUACGUGUAUAUAGAUUCGACGUGACGUCGUUGUACAGUAAAGAGAAACUGUUAAUUUAGGAUCGCGUCGCGCGUUUGCGGACGUUUCGAUCGGAUCGCUAACAUCGCAUCGUCUAAUAUCGCACGCCGUUGUAAUUAGAUAGUGCUAUUUUCGUCUUCUAUUUUAGUACUCGGUUUAAUCUUCGCUUUCUCUUUGUUCGACUUUCGGAAUUUUCUGUUUGACACGCCCGCCGACAAAAGCACGCGGAAACGAUUUUAAAAAGAGAGUUCGACUCGUUCGACCAUCGCGCGUCUUCCAUCCGGCGGAAAAUAAUACUUCGAGUUACUUUUCAGAAUAUAGGGCAAUUUGUCCGGGUCUUUUGUCGGCGAGCGUACGUUUCGAAUUAUUUUUGAAAAAGACACAAAAGCAAGCGGAAAAUGUAGCUUAUCAGGAAUCCGUCCAACGCUUAGAAUACGAAAUUCUUUUCUUACCUCACGGCCAGCGACAGUCUGCGUUCCGUCGAGUAGCGUUUUAUUUUUGUCGUACGUUGUUCACGUGUAUUAUCGAUUUAAAACGUUCAUAGAUUAGGUUUGCGUACAAAAUUCGCUUCGUCGCUAUGUUCUCCUUCUCCCAGCGUAACGCGCAAUCUUAACGAUAUGUAUUUUGUAAAAUGUAUUUUUACUCGCAUAACUGAAUUAAAAACGUUUCUCUUCAUA